AAGAAGUUAGUCUGUCUUGAAAUCUUCCGGCUGAGAGGGCUGAAAAUUUUGACGGCUUCAAAGCUUUCGCUGCAGUUUCAAUUUCGUCGGGUUUAUAUUGAGUAUCCCUUAAUCAGCGACUAUGGCUGCGAGAUUGAUGAGCGCCAAGGCACAGGUGUGCCGACUGGGGAAACAUGUUGCGUCCGAAGCCACAAUGGUGCGCCAGUUCCACGCCUCCUGCUACACCGCCUCCAAGGUGGCUCUGUCCAAGUUCGACUCGGACGUCUACCUGCCGUACGAGAAGCUAAACAAGCGCCUGGAAGUGGUGCGUGGGCGCUUGAACCGCCCACUGACUCUCUCCGAAAAGGUGCUGUACUCGCAUCUGGACGAUCCUGAAAAUCAGGACAUCGUGCGCGGCACUUCAUACCUGCGCCUUCGUCCCGAUCGCGUGGCCAUGCAGGAUGCCACCGCCCAAAUGGCUCUACUGCAGUUUAUCUCCUCCGGACUGAAAAAGGUUGCUGUGCCCUCUACUGUUCACUGUGAUCAUUUAAUCGAGGCCCAAAUUGGAGGACCCAAGGAUUUGGCCCGUGCCAAGGAUCUGAACAAGGAAGUAUACGAUUUCUUGGCCAGCACCUGUGCCAAGUACGGGUUGGGCUUCUGGAAGCCAGGCAGCGGUAUCAUCCACCAGAUCAUUCUAGAGAACUACGCUUUCCCCGGCCUGUUGAUGAUUGGUACUGACUCACACACCCCCAACGGUGGCGGUUUGGGUGGCCUGUGCAUUGGCGUUGGUGGUGCUGAUGCCGUCGACGUGAUGGCCGACAUCCCCUGGGAGCUGAAGUGCCCCAAGGUGAUUGGUGUCAAUUUGACUGGAAAGAUCAGCGGUUGGACCUCGCCCAAGGAUGUUAUCCUGAAGGUCGCCGAUAUCCUGACUGUCAAGGGAGGCACCGGUGCCAUUAUUGAGUAUCACGGCAAGGGUGUUGACUCCAUCUCUUGUACAGGCAUGGCUACCAUCUGCAACAUGGGUGCCGAGAUCGGAGCUACCACCUCUCUGUUCCCCUUCAACCAGCGCAUGGGUGAUUACCUGAAAUCGACCGGCCGUGCUGGCAUCGCUGCAGAAGCCCAGAAGUACCAGGGCAAGAUUCUGUCCGCUGACAAGAAUUGCGAAUACGAUGAGCUGAUUGAAAUCAACCUAGACACCCUGGAGCCCCAUGUUAAUGGACCAUUCACUCCCGAUCUGGGCCAUCCCAUCAGCAAGCUGGGCGAGAACUCGAAAAAGAACGGCUACCCUAUGGACAUCCGUGUUGGUCUUAUAGGCUCUUGCACCAACUCUUCGUAUGAGGACAUGGGUCGCUGCGCAAGCAUCGCCACGGAUGCUAUGAGCCAUGGCCUAAAGUCUAAGAUCCCCUUCAACGUGACUCCUGGAUCAGAGCAAAUCCGUGCCACCAUCGAGCGCGACGGUAUCUCUGAGGUGUUCGACAAGUUCGGCGGCACCGUUCUGGCCAACGCUUGCGGUCCCUGCAUUGGACAGUGGGAUCGUCAGGACGUUAAGAAGGGCGACAAAAACACCAUUGUCACUUCCUACAACCGAAAUUUUACUGGCAGGAACGACGCUAACCCGGCCACCCAUUGUUUCGUCACCAGUCCCGAGUUGGUCACCGCUCUGUCUAUCGCCGGUCGUCUGGACUUCAACCCACUGACCGACGAGCUUACUGGUGCUGAUGGCAAGAAGUUCAAGCUCAAGGCUCCCUUCGGCGACGAGUUGCCCGCCAAGGGCUUUGACCCCGGCCAGGACACAUACACUGCUCCACCACCCAGUGGCGAGAAAGUCAAGGUGGCUGUCGAUCCCAAGUCGACGCGUCUGCAGCUGCUGGAGCCCUUUGACAAAUGGAACGGCCAGGAUCUAACCGAUCUGACUGUUCUGAUCAAGGUUAAGGGAAAGUGCACCACUGAUCACAUCUCCGCUGCCGGACCCUGGCUGAAGUACCGUGGCCAUUUGGAUAACAUCUCCAACAACAUGUUUAUCGGCGCCACCAACUACGAAAACAACGAGAUGAACAACAUCAAGAACCAGCGCAACGGUUCCUGGGGAGGAGUUCCCGAUGUUGCCCGUGACUACAAGGCCAAUGGCGUUAAGUGGGUGGCCGUUGGCGAUGAGAACUACGGCGAGGGUUCGUCCCGCGAGCAUGCCGCUUUGGAGCCUCGUCACCUUGGUGGCCGUGCUAUUAUCGUCAAGUCCUUUGCCCGUAUCCACGAAACCAACUUGAAGAAACAGGGUCUGCUGCCUCUUACCUUCGCCAAUCCCGCUGAUUACGAUAAGAUCCAGCCCACGAGCAAAAUCUCUCUGCUCAACCUGAACUCCCUGGCACCAGGAAAGUCCGUUGAUUGCGAAAUCAAGAACGGCGACAAGGUCGAGAAGAUCAAGCUCAACCACACCCUGAACGACCUGCAGAUCGGCUGGUUCAAGGCCGGCAGCGCUCUUAACCGCAUGAAGGAGCUGGCCCAGUAAAUGGCCCUGAACCUACUUAAAAAACCCAGUCCAGAACCCUUAUCCCAACCACCUCCCUGUUGGUGAACUCACUCAAACUCACAACGGAAGCAAUCGAGUUAUGGUAUUGUUAUUCAAUUUUAUUCAAAUUGUUUUUAUUAUAUUUUGAGUAUAUCGAGUGUGCUGUUUUAAAAGUUAAUUAUGUAACCGAACGAUAGCGAGAAAUUGUAAGAAUUUUAUAUAUACAUAUAAUUAUACACAAUUUUAUUUUAA